AUGUCGUCAUCCGAAGCAUCUGGACAUUGGUACCUGAAGCUUCUCCAACAAGCUGAAGUCCCUGAGCAUUUUCAUCAGGGAUCUAUAGAGGCACUUCAGCAAUUGGGCAUUCAGAGUUUCCAAGCCUUAGUUGCAGCAUUCACCUCCCGUCUCCACAAUGAUGUGGACUUCGGCUUGGGUGAUUUGAUGCUCCCUCCUUUCCACAGGAAGAAAAUGGCCGAAAUCUUGCGUCAUCCGCCUUUGCCCAUCACUCAUGAGGAGAUCAUGUCUUGCGGUGAAGACUCAGACGAGACUGCCAAGUUCAAGAAGGGACGUGCUCCUGAUCUUUUCUUGCAUGCCCAAUGUCCACGAACAAAGCAAAAAUACCUGUUUUGUGUGGUGGCCCCUUCAGGAAGAUCUUGCUUUUUCGCAGCCUUUGCUGGAACGCAUGCAUCAGGUGAUUGGACAACGAAUCUGACCCUGAUCCCUGUCUCUGGUGUGGGAGUUGGUGGCAAGGUGCACGGAGGAUUCUGGGAGAGAUGCGCUUGUAUGAAAUUCCCAUUCAUGCACAGAAUGGUGGAGCACUUUGGCUGUGAGGCUAUGAUUUUCACCGGCCACUCCCUUGGGGGGGCUGUGAGCCAUCUCUCUUGUUUGUGGGCCAAGCGCCAGGACGAGUUCAAGCAGUUGAAGCUUCCAAUUUCUUCGGUGGCUUUUGCUGCGCCCUUGGCAGCCUGCGAAGAAGUUGCCAGAGAUGUUGAGAGAUUGGAUUGGACUUCCCAUUUCGUGAACAUUGUGAAUGGGGAUGACCCAGUUCCUCGACUUCUCAACUUGGCAGAAAGCCUAGCUGAGUUGUGCAGGGCAGGGUCGGACCUAUCCCGCAGCAUUGAUGCGUCUCCACAAGAGAUCGGCAGCAUCCUGAACUGCUUGACUGGCAAAGCAGGCCUCUCAACAGUCUUGUUGAAUUUCUUGCCCUCUGCUCCAGUGGCUGAUGCUUUGCAACGCUUGGCGAUGUUGCCAGCUGCCAAGAGCAUUGCCAAAGUGAUUGACAUCUACAAGCCGUUUGGAAUCUAUGUUUUCCUCCGAGCGCCUUCUGCUGGGCCGUACGAAUGUACUUGGUCAAGAGGAAUGGAGGUGCUUGAGGAACUUGGGCCAGCCAAGCUCUUGGACAAGAGCUUCAAAGGCAAUUUGACAAACGACAACAUACGGAGGCAUGACGUUUCUGCCGUGGAGAACCUGCUGCUUUUGACUUGCCCUGCUGACAUCAAACAGGCGAAGAAGAGCAAAGACUUGGAAGUGGCGGUGCGCAUCGCCACCACCAGGGAACGGCUCUGUUGGAUCGGAGCAUACUAUGCCUUCGUCGGAGGCAUGUCUUUGGCGCGGAGUAUGUCGAUGCGUUGGCGUGGGGUGCGGCUGCACUGGGACAAUGCCUUUCUUCCGUUGAACAUUGUGUUCUUCUGUAUGCCUCCCUUUCUCUUCACCUAUCAACUGGACCUGGCGCUACAUCCCAUGCGCCUCGGCGGCCUUGGUGGGCUGCAGCUGGGCGGCAAGGCCAACCGCAUCGCGGAGGAGGCGAAUCGGAUCCGCCUGGGCAGGAAACAUCACUGGUUCGGCUGCGAGUAUCUGCCCUGGGUGGAUGACCAGACGCUUUGGAUCCACAAACCCAUCUGUUUGCCGCUGACCUUAGAAGCAGCCUAUCACCGCGAACGGGCUGCAUCCCUCAGGGCACAACGUGCCAAGGGGUUGGAGGCUGAAGCGGAUUGGGCCUACUUCAUGCCACGCUGUGAGACCUGAAGUCCGACUGCAAGGUGGAACUUGAUAUAUUUUGAUAUCCGACAUCCUAUGGCAUCCUGAUCAAGAUUCUGAAGGAAUGACUUGACUCUGGGCACGAUGCAUCAGCUCCCUACAUGGCAAUGCAGCACACAUCCUGCACCGUUGAUGAUCUCCGAGAUGUACCUGGUAUCAGCGGUAGCCAUGCUUAUCAUGGCUACCAAGAUGUUGCGAUGACGAAUCGUGUGCACCUGCCGACGAAAA